UGCCCUUUUAUCCGGAAGUGCGUAAGAACGGUGGCAACCCCAAACAAGUCAAGGUUCAUGUUGCUGUCGUGAGAAAGAGGAGAUGAGCGAUCGAUAUUUUGUCACCGUGAGCACAAUCAAGAAUUGAAAAGAUGGCAACAAAUUCAAUCAUUCCCGAAUUGACCAGUUCCGAAAGCGAGGACACCCUUGCUGGCAUGGACGAGUCCGAAAUGGCAUUGAAUGGUAUUUCAAUGUUGCUGAAUAAUGGUUUUGAAGAAGCAAGCGCUUUAUUCCAAAAAUACAAGAAUGACAGUUACUUGAUGAAUUCAGGAUAUAGUUUUGUAUUUUUCAUGCAAGCUCUUAUGUCAUUUGAGGAGGAAAAGCUAGAUGAAGCUUUAAAAGUUUUACAAGAAACUGAAAAAUUAUGUGAUACAGAUUCAGGAGUGUUGAAGUCAAUCAAAAACAGAUUCAAGUCAAAGAAAAAGAGAGAGGAGGGACAAAUCAGCAUUGAUGAAAAGAUUCAAAGACAGGUGAUUGUGGCUGAUUCAUUACUCUAUCAGGCAAUACUAGUGUUCACCAAUCAAGACAUUCCUAGCUACAUCAAAGGUGGAUGGUACCUCCGUAAAGCCUGGAAAAUUUAUGAGAAAUUAUACAAAGAUGUCAUGCAGCUCCAGAUGAGAAAUGCCAAAUUACGCCAGUCAGAGAAUGGACCAGUGGAUGGAAAUGACAACGAAAUGCCUCAGGAACUUCUGGACCGUCUCCAAGGGGCAGUCAGUUUUGGAUACGGAACAUUCCAGAUUUGUAUAUCAAUGGUUCCCCCUAAGAUUCUUAAGUUGAUUGAACUGUUUGGGUUUGAGGGGGACCGUGAUGCCGGACUUGCAGCAUUAGAUUACUCUAGUCACAGUAAAGAUAUGAAGGCACCUCUUGCCACACUAGGCCUGCUGUGGUACCACACUGUACUGCGUCCAUUCUUUGCAUUGGAUGGAGCUAAUGAUUACAGUGCAGGGACUGAAGAUGCAGAGAGAAUUAUAGAGGAGAAGGAAGCUGAAUUCCAGCAGUCUUCCUUAUUCUUAUUUUUUCGUGGGAGGAUCCAUAGACUCAGGAAACAAACAGACAAAUCAUUGGAGUCCUAUCAAAAAGCUUUAGAGGCAGCAAAAGGUCAACGGGAAAUAGAACUCAUGUGUCAAUAUGAAAUAGGUUGGGUUAAUUUAAUGAAAUUACAAUGGAGAGAAAGUUUACAAGCAUUCACAAGAUUAAAGGAAGAGACGAAGUGGUCCAAGUGUUACUAUACAUACCUCAUGGGUGUAUCCUUGGGAGCAAUGGGUGAUAUAAAGGGAGCUCAUGACAUACUCAAAGAAGUACCAGGUCUGCUCAAAAAGAAGAACAAUCAAAUCGAAGCCUAUGUCUCAAGGAGGGCUGAAAAGUUGAAGAAAGCAGCCCCGAGCCAAGAGUACUGUCGACUGCUAUGUAUGGAGCUGAUAUUUCUCUGGCAUGCUCUACCCACCUGCACUGCUGAUGAGCUUCAACCCUAUCUUACAGUUUGUGACAUGCAGACAGAUGCCAAGGUCUAUCAUGUCAAAUGUUUGAUAGAAGGAGCUGUGUAUAAAGAGCUUGGAGAAUUAGAAAUGGCAGUACAGUGUUUGGAGGAGGCCAUUGCUCGACAACAAGGAAUGAAGGAGGACCAACAUGUCCCAGCUUUUGCCAGCUUUGAGCUUGCUUCCAUUUUCAUGAGAAAACCUGAGACUGCCGGAAAAGCAAAACAACUUUUACAACAGAUUAAGGAUAAUUAUAAGGACUAUGAUUUUGAGAACAGAUUAACAGUGAGAGUGAACAAUGCCUUGAAGGCUUUGAAAAUCAGUGCCAAAGUGGGAUGAGUAAAAGAGUCACACCUACAUCUAUUCCCUCACUUCAUCACCACUUCAAAGAGAAAAGCAAGAUCAGGAAAUCCAAAUGGGUAAUCAGGAAACCCUGUUGGAUGUUCAGGAAAUCCAGUUGGGUGUUCAGGAAAUCCAGAUAAAUUAAAAAAAAGAGCAGUUGAUCAGAUUGCUUUUAAUUUACAUAGAAUGAUAUAUUUCUCUAAUCAUUAGUGACACCCCAACCCCUUAAUUUUCAGUAUUUGAGUAGAUAUAGAGAUAGAUGUCUGUUAUCUUUUGUGUGUCCCCAUAUCAGGGUUGUUUCAUAAAGAAAUAGAUUACUAUAAUGCCACUGUUUGAAAAUCAUGAAUGCAACAAAUACAUGUAUUUGUCCUUUAGUUAAAUACAUGUAUAUUAUUUAUGUUUCCAUUUCCUUAGACCAAAUGUAGACCAAUUACUGGUGAAAAGUUACUAGUAUUAUAUGUCAACAGUGUGCCAAAGUUUGAUGCCCCAUUAAACUUUGAUUAUUUGAUGUUUAUUAGGGCAAAAACAUAUGAAGUUGUUGAAUGCAUUUUUUAAUAAUUCGAUGACAAAUACAUGUACAUUGCUGUUGUUCUGUGUCAUUGCAUGUACAGUGUAUUUUUGAAUUUUUUCAUAAACAUUUACAUCAUUGGUUCAUAUAGUAAGUACCUGUCAGAUAAUGCAGAUGAACCGCAGAGGCUUUAAAAAGCAAGCAUGGAAAAAGAUGGGAUUCCUUUUGGGAGGCUGGUCUAUGGAUUUAUAAUAUUUGUCCUUUCAUUAUCCUGUACAGUUUGUUCAGCUGUUGCACUUAACUCAGAAAGAGGGGUACGUUGUAUCUUAUUAAUAUGUCAUUCUAAGGCAAGUCAGGAUUUGAAACAGAAAGUAAGAUAUCCCCCAUUGAGUUGACCUUGUCUUUAAAAGUGGUCAAAUGAAACAUUUGUCUGGUGAAGACCACUUGUAUUAUAACUAUUGUCUAACUUUAGACAGAGUUACAUGUAUGUCAUGUUUAAAUUCAGUUCUGUGAGUUGAAUUUAGACUUGAAUCUUUGAUCCUUUUAUUGGACAAAUUCUCUUUAUCUCUUCAAUUUCUGACUUAAUUCUAAUAAAGGUAAUCAGAAUGAGACAUUAUAAAUACAUUUGUACCUUAACAGAUUUGAUUUAGAACCAGACUUUUUACAAUCUGAUUAAAAUCAGAUCUUUGUUACAUUCUGAAAUCCUGAUGGUCACUGUACGAAGAACACAGCGACCAUCAGAAUUUCAGAGUGUAACAAAGAUAUGAUUUUAAUCAGAUUGAACUUUUUUACUUUGAAAUCGGUAAUUAACUUUUGGCUCUUAGUAAGGUUGUUUUACUUAUCAUUGUUUAGCAAUGUGAAACUAAAAUGCAUUAAAUAUGAUAUAGGUUAUUGAAUAUUAUAUCUUUUGAAAAUAUUCUUGUAAGCACAUGAUCUGAAAUGUUUCUUAGUAUAGUGCGGGUUACUACUGUUCAUAUUGAUCAUUGACUAAUGAGUACUCUAUGUCUGUAGCUCUCUUGGCUCUAGACACUGCUGAAGAAGAGGUCAUCCUAUUUUUUCAUGGAAUUUUUUGUAAGCAGUAUGUUGAAUAUAAUUAUUUUCAGUAUUAUAUUUUCAUAAGAUCAAUGAUAAACUAAGAAACUUAAUUUUUUUGAAAACCUUAAUUCCUACAAAAAAUUGCAUGUUUACAUUGUUUGGAUGCUGGCACUAUUGUGACACUGCUUUGUAUGUGAAAAAUUUAAACCCUAUGAUGACAUAUGCAAACAAAAUUAUAUGAUAAUAAAUUUAGAUUUGAUUGUUAGAAAUUACAGAGGAAAACUUCUUGACUUGCCUUAUUUGUAAUACUCAUCUUAUCAGUUGAUGGUGUAAUAAUCCCUUAAUCUAAAGUACUGUAUUAGUGUGGCAUUUGUAACUGACUAUGUUCAUGUAGAGAAAAAGAUGCUUACAAUGAAGUGAGAGGGACUGACAACUUUGCUUCAUUAUGAAUGUAAAUAGAGGAUGUUCAAUGUUUUGUAGUUUUGUAGUUGGAUAUUGAAUUUUAU